AUGAGCCGGAGGUGCGUCGUUCUGUUUGUGAUUGCGAACUUCGCCACUUCCUGUGUGCCGCACUCACCGCCCGUGGUGAUGGACAAGGAUCUGGUGCUCUCCUCCGUGUUCGCAGCCAUCCGUGGCAAUAGUAUAGAAUCGCCGGAAGAUGAGGGACGCAAUAAGCGCAACGUGCGAUACUAUACCUACGACGAUCCGAAAGGUGACGAGUUGUUUCCAGGGUAUGGUGAAAUUGUCCAUCCCUCGCUAUCGGGAACGGGUAAUGGAGUCGCUGGUAGUGCGGGCAAACAGUGCAAACCCGAUCUGUCGCCGGCUGUCCAAUCCAUCAGCAUCUCGGAUCACAGCUGGUCCGGCAUCGGUACGUCGAUUAUUCACGUUCUAAAGUAUCUCAUCGCGGGUCUGGCGAUCGUCACGCUUCCGGUUCUGUUGCUGCAAGCUUUCAUCGUUCCAUUGAAAAUUUUAAUGGGAUUAAAGUCGGUUGCCAUCGCCAAUACGGCCGUGCUCGGCGCGUUCUUGUGGAAGUAUCUCAAUCAGCUGAAGCGACGGAACGAGGAUGAUGAUGAGGACGAGGAUGGGAACCAAACGGGGGCAGGGAGCGGGGGAGCCGGGGAAAUGAGUGGUACCACUAACAACGGUAACGAUAAUCGGUUCUUUCCCUUUCGGGCAGAGGAUUUUGAAAGUAUGAACGAAGACGAGAUUAAGACGGCGCUCAAAUUGCUUUUGAAGCGAAAUAAACGAUGGUAA